AUGAACGCUCACGAAAAAGGCAACGUACCGUGUUCUGUCGCCAAUCUCUCGCCUGCCGAUCUGGAUCUCACUGCGAUCAAAAACCUUAUGCGCCAAGCUGGCGACAAGCUGAUCUCGCUGCUGCACACAUCCCCACCACAAGCAGGAGAAGUCAAGAACGCCAUUGGGGAUGCCAUCACCCCUGCGGACUACGAAAUCCAAAAGCUUCUAUUCGAGAAAUUACGGACAUGGUUUCCUGACCAUGGCUUUAUUGGAGAGGAGGAAACGGACGAUGGCUGUUCCACUUCGUUUUCUCCGUUCGACAAGAGACCGCUUUUUAUCUGGACACUAGAUCCCAUAGACGGGACCAAGAACUAUCAAAAGCGCCUACUCGACUGCGCGGUUGUUAUCGGUCUUCUCAGGGAGAACGAACCGCUAUUCGGAGCUGCGUAUAUCCUAUCUUCCAAGACAUUGAUCAUGGGAGGAAAAUAUUGGCCUGUGACGAUUGACGGUUCUCCAUUGACACGCCUACCCCUCAGAACAGGCGGUUUCAGCUGUGGCCUGAAUGGCGACUUGCCUACGGAUUAG